GCGGGACCAAAAGCGCUAGUUUUUCACCUUCUCUUCGUCUCUACGGGCGUCGUCGUCUGAGAACUUUCGAUUUCGUUGGAGUUCUCUAAGAGGAGUUGAGCCGCUUCAGGCUUUGAGUGAUCUUGGUUCUGGAACUAAGCGGGAACGAUAUUUUACCGUUAUGUAAAUUAAGCGACAACAAUACUCAGUCCCAUUCCUAACGAUAAUGAUGAGAAGUUUGGUGGAAAACGAUGAAGAAAAAUCCUGCCAAAUAUGCCAGGAAAAAGUGCAAUGACCGAGCACAGGAAAAAUCGAAACCAAAUUCCCCUACGGCGAGUGAAACAUAACCUAGCAUAAGUGCGCGAUGUCAAACAAACGGAUCGAGAAGGUGUAGUUUCGAAUUUAUUGGAAAUCGCCCGGAACCCGAGCCGGAAUUCGCUCGUUUUGGGGCGAUUGGUGUUGGUGGGCUUUCGAGUGAAAAGAAGAAAACACAUCCAGCAUCCACCCCGCUCGCGGAAAAAGUGUCGUGACGAUCGCCUCCUCGUCAUCGUCGUCGUCGUGUGAUGCCGAAUGUAUCUCCUUCAAUGAUUAUGCGCGGUAAUUCGUGAGGGGAGUUUGUUUUCCGGCCGCACAGAAAACAACAACAGUGUGGAAACAACAUGCAAAAUGAAUCCAACAACAUGUGCAUGACGGUUCUCCUGUUUUUGUUGCCGAUCGUGGAGUUUGUCCGAGCAGAGCAUAUGCAGUAUUCAGAUUGUGGAAUUCGAUCUUCACGCAGACAACCAAGAAGUGCCAUUAACCCUUGGAAUCAUAACCUUUACACAAACUACGACACCAACCCGAAUCCAACGUCUUUCAGUAAAAUACCAAAAAUGGCCCCUUCAGACUCGACGGAUAGAAGCCCUAAAAUAAUGCACGGGGUCCCUACCCUGGAGGGACAAUUCCCGUGGCAGGUAUCCCUAGAACUGCUGCAUCCUUCGUACGGUUUCAUCGGCCAUUGGUGCGGGGGAGUUCUGAUCGAUCGGAAUUGGGUGCUAUCGGCGGCGCACUGUAUCCAUAACGAACUUUUCAACCUUCCACUGCCGGCCCUCUGGACGGUGGUUCUUGGAGAGUAUGACAGAUCCGUGGAAUCGGGCUUCGAGCAACGCAUCCCGGUGGAUAAAAUUAUCCUCCACGAAAAGUAUCACAAUUUUAAGCACGAUCUCGUUCUGCUGAAGCUAACGAGACCGGCAAAUACCGGAUUCAGUGCCCGGGUCAAGCGCAUUUGUCUCCCAUUUGCGGACAUCAAAGUCAACAGUAAGCCGUUCGAUCCCCGGCCAGAAUUGGAUCGAAUCAACACCAACAACAAACCGUUGUUUUUCUUCGACUAUCCGGAACGCCCACCGGAUAAAGGAGGAGGACCAACAAUGGCCACCACGAAUUCUUCAAUCGAUGUUGUCACCAACGAUGAUCAAGUACAAACGAAGCUGGAGCUAGAAUCCGGAUCCAGCAUUCCGGAGGCGUCAUUUCCGGACCGGGAGGACAACUACCUACGCCGAUUGAGACAAUCGUCAUCCAGUCGGCGGGCUCGAGGUAGCAGUGCAGGACAGCUUUAUCACCGACCUCGAACGGCUCGAGCUCAGGUGACUGGGCAAGUCCAGCGAGUGCUGCAGCAACGGCGAAAAGCUGCCGCCAGGAGAAGUUUCACGGUCCGAAGCGAUGCCAGGACGUUGGUCAGGAAUAGUUCUAGAGCUGGAAAAAGGAGCAGAUCUUCCAGCCGACGGGGGCGUUUCCUGUAUCAUACGGCAGAUUUCAACAUUCGGUCUCCUUGGACAAGCUACGACGAUAAUGAUGACGAUGAUGACAACGACGUCCAGGGCGACGACGUCGAAAACUUCGAUGACAGCCGUCGUCGGGGGUCCAAUGGCGGUGGCGGCCACUGGUACGGCAAGCGUCGCCGGAACGAUAAAUUCGCCACUGGGGGUCUUCACUACCGGAAUGUGCAACAGCGCAACGACAUUGGCACGGUUUCGGUGACGGCAGAGGAGACGGCAGGAUCGCCAAAUGUGCCAAACGACGGAGCAGGCGACGCAGAAGGGUUCAGUGCCAUUCCCGAUACGACCCAGUACGUCGACUGCCUGGCAACAGGUUGGGGCAAAUCGACAAUCGAUGAUGAAUUAACUGACAUCCUGCUGCAGACGAAGGCUCCCAUUCAGAACAGCAAAAAAUGUGAAGAGGCGUAUGGAGAUUUCAUAAAACUACAUCGUGGACAUUUAUGCGCAGGAAACGUCGAUGGAACCGGUGGCACCUGUGUGGGAGAUUCCGGCGGACCGUUGCAGUGCCGCAUCACGAAACAUGGGCCCUGGAUCCUGGUAGGAAUCACGUCGUUCGGAUCCGGAUGUGCCUUUAAAAAUUACCCGGACGUGUACACCAAGAUCUCUUUCUAUCGCCAGUGGAUUGUGGACACCAUCCGGGAGAACUAGGUUGGCCGAGAGACAGAUACCUUCAUAUCGCCGGAAGCGUUGGCAUUCCGCGUGAAACGUCAGUCGUGUAAAGGAAGGAGCAGAAGGUCCGGUAUCAGUCAAAAGCUACCAAUUCAACGUUACCACUACCUGUUUGGUAGUUCGUUUAGGAUUAACGCGAAGACGAGUCGUUGUUUUUUUUUGUUAUUUGAAAAGCAAGCAUUUUUGAAGUUAUUUGCCGUGAAGCUAGUGAAUAGUUAAUUGUUGUAGUUUGAUGAGUACAUUAAUUUCAUUAAACAAGGAAUUAAAAAAAA